AUGCAAUCUGUAAUCGGGGAUACAUUUAUUAGCCGUGAUGGAGAAAUAACUUAUUCAGAUGUCGAGAAAAAUCAGGUAGUUUGCCUGUUUUUUACAGCCUAUUGGUGUCCUCCAUGCAGAACUUUUACUCCAGUUUUAGUGGAAUUUUAUAAUGAUGUUAAUUAUCCAGACAAGAGAUUAGAGAUUAUACAAAUCAGUUCAGAUAAGGAUGAGCAGAUGUUUAUGGACAGCUUUAACCAAGUGCCUUGGAUUGCAAUUCCCUAUGGAGACAGCAGAAAUAUUUCUUUAACUUCCCCAUAUUUGGUUAACCAGCAAAAUGAUUAGAAAAAUAAACCUUUUUGGUCUUUAUUAGUGAAAAUUUUUUAAAUAAAAAGUUUUUGUUUAUUAAAUAUUUUGGUGCAUUAUUAAUAAUUAUAAUAAUAUGCAUCUCCAGAUAAUAUAUCAAAUUUAAGACAAAUUGAGUCCUAAGAUAUAAGAUUUAUAAAUUUAAACUAGAUUUUUAAUUUAUUAACAGAGAACUUUUGAAAUCUAAAAUACUUGUUGGAAACUCCUUAAGUUGACUGGUCAAAACUGCAGCCUUAGAAGUAAGAAAAAGAUUCAAGGUCCAAGGAGUUCCGAUUUUAAUGCUGCUUAAUAAGGAUGGAACUCUUGCACAAGGAACAGGAAGGGCAGAUGUACAAACUGAAGGUCCUGGAUGCUUUGAUAGAUGGUAUAACUUAGUUAAUUAA